AUGAUCACCUGGUUACUACUUCUUGCAUUUUUUGGAAAUUCUUCAAGCCAAAUUGCCAAACAACUGCUGGAUUCUGAUGUUGCUAGCAGUGUACCAGAUAUUAGGUCAGCUGGAGAAUCUGGCGCAAUUCAACAGCGCUCCCGUCGAAUUGUGGAGGAUCUAUCUAAUCACAUGAGCCCUAGCACGGUGAACCCUGAUGAAUUGGCCUAUAUAUUGCCAGGUGAAACUCCUGAAUCCAGUCACAUGCCUGUCUUAUCUGACUUAAAUGAAGUGGCGAUUGAAGAAGGAAUGGAUGAUGAUAGCAGAACAUUGGUGCAUCAUUCAAAAUCUGGUGUUGAACAGCCAUUUUCUUCUCCCGUCGAUCGAAAACCGUCUGGCUUGGAAGAAGGUGCACAAGACAAAUCUUACUGUGAAAGCAGUAAAAACAACUGUGCAAUCUGUCUGAGCGAGUUUGGAAAAGACAACCAACAAACCAACUUGAGUUGUGCGCACAGUUUCCAUCCGGAUUGCAUUGAGCGAUGGGCCAAUAGGGGCCACAACACUUGUCCAAUGUGUCGAGCGGAAGUCAUCCAAACAAAAACCAGUGGCCAAGACGGCUUCAACACGGGACCCACCGCGGUUCACACGCCGCCGAUGACCCGCUCUACCAGCUUUAUCCACCGAACUUUAAAUCUUCACCCCGAGCGCCCCGUUGGAGUCUCUCCACUUCCUCCAAUGAUGAUCUGA